AUGACUUCGGCGCCAGCAGCAGCCCCGUCGCAGGCGGCCAAGGACUACGGCAAUUCCCACAUGUUUCUGAUCAAUUUCUACCGGCGGUACUUUGACAUUGAUCUGGAGAUCUUUUUUGACAAACUUUACAAGACCCUCAUCCCCUUCACCAGCAGCGACGACGACAUUGCACUGGACCUGCCCGAACUCUAUGGGUUUAUUUGGAUCACCGGGACGUUAGUGUUCCUCAUGUUUGUCAGUGCCACGGCGUCAAAUAUCAUGGGCCAGUGGCUUCAUGGCGGCGACGAAACUCCCGCUUACAAUUACAACUUCGACCUCAUAUUCAAGCUGAUGGCGAUUUUCUACGGGUACAACGUGAUCGUGCCGUUUUUAUUAGUGAUGUGGACGCGGUUCGUCACCAAGUUCCCCGAGCCUCUCCCGCUUUUCAACGUGAUGCUGAUUUACGGGUACACCAACAUUCUCUGGGUGCCGAUCACGUUGAUCAACUUCUUGUUUGUGGUAUUCAUUAGCUACGAAAAGCACCACGUGCUUCUCAACGUGCUUGAGUGGGUGAUUGUGGUGAUUCUGGGGGUGAUCACCAUGAUCAGCAACUUACUGAAGGUCGCUCCCAGCAUCAAGAACAACUGCGUGAUGCUCCACACCGGCGACGCCGCUGCCGGGCGCCGGGUGUACUUCCCGUUGUUGGUGGCGUUGGGGUUGGCCCACGUUGGCUUCACCGUACUCGUCAAAUGGUCAUUUUUCGGCAUUAACGUCUAA